CGCCCGGGGCGGCGGCGGCGGCGGCGGGGCCGGUCCCGGUGGCGGCGGCGGCGGCCGGUGCUCGGCGCAGCGCGGGCGGCGGGGCCGGGCCCGGCGGGGCGAUGCCGUUCCCCGGCGGGCUCUGGUGGCUGCUGUGCUGCCGGCAGGGCUUCACGCUGCUGCGGCGGGACUACGGCGACGCGGACCGGGAGGCGGACGGCGAGGCCGAGGAGGAGGCGUCCUUCGAGCUCCGAGCGCAGGGAGACCAGGCGUCCCUGGAGGUGAGCCUGAGCCAGCCCACCCGCACCAGCAGCGGCUCGGAGCGGUCCCUGCUCGUGUCGGAGGAGAUGCGCAGUCUCAUCGUGGAGAAGGGGCCGGGGCCAGUGGAGGAGGACCCCGAUGCUCUGGUGAAAGGCUGGCUGCAGCGGGAGGUGCGGGGAGGCGUCAAGACCCCCUGGAUCCGGCCUCGGAAGUACUGGUUCGUGCUGACCCCCGACUCCCUGGACUACUACAGCAGCAACGAGAAGGGAGCCAAGCGCCUGGGCUCCCUCGUGCUCACCAGCCUCUGCUCCGUGCUCUGGCCGGACAAGCAGACCUACAAGGAGACGGGCUACUGGAGCGUGACGGUGUUUGGCAGGAAGCAUUGCUACCGCCUGUACAGCGAGCACCUCAACGAGGCCGUGCGCUGGGUGUGCGCGGUGCAGAAGGUCAUCGACAGCAAGGCGCCCGUGCAGACGCCCACCCAGCUGCUCAUGCGCGACGUCAAGGAGCACUGCGGCAGCCCCGAGGUCCUGGAGCAGAUUUACCGCUGCAACCCCAUCCUGCGCUACACCAGCAGCCCGCUCUACGCCCCCCUGCUGCCCUUCCCCUACGGCAGCCUGGACCAAAGCGCCCCCGGUCCCCGCAGCUACACCACGCUGCGCGACGAGGCCGUGAAGCUCUUCAACUCGCUGCAGCAGCUGGAAUCGCAGCGGGACCCGGUGCCGCUGAUCCAGGGCAUCCUGCAGACCUGCCUGGACCUGCCGCCGCUGGUGGACGAGAUUUACUGCCAGCUGGUGAAGCAGACCACGGAGCCGCCGGCGCCGGGCGGGCCGGGCGACUUGCACUACUGGCAGCUGCUCACCUGCAUGAGCUGCACGUUCCUGCCCUCCCCGCCUGUCCUGCGCUUCCUGCGCUUCCACCUGGACAGGACGGAGAGCCGCUUCCCUGCCUCGGAGAUGGCCAAAUACGCCUGCUUCAUCCGGGAGGCGCUGGGCAAGACGAGGGGCAGGGAGUGCGUGCCGUCCCUGGAGGAGAUCCUGGUGCUGAUGCGGCGGCAGGAGAUGGUCUGCACCGUGCACUGCCCCGGCGCCGCCGCCUGCAGCGUGGCCAUCAGCUCCCACACCACGGCCGAGGAGGUGGCCCGGGAGCUGGUGUCGCGCCUGGGGCUGUCCCAGAGCCCCAACCUCUUUGCGCUCUACGAGCAGUCCCGGCUCCGGGAGCAGCCCGUGGGCAGCUCCACGCUGCUGGCCGACGUCCUCACCAGGUUUGAAAACCUGGCCGGGGAGGAGCGGGAGCAGGACGCGCCGUGCCGGCUCUGCUUCAAGCACUACGGCUUCUUGGACACGGACAACGUCCCGCGGGACAGCCUGGAGUUUGCCCUCCUCUUUGAGCAGGCUCACGAGAUGGUGCUGCGGGGCUACGUGCCCACAUCGGAGGAGACGCUGCAGACGCUGGCGGCGCUGCGCCUGCAGAGCCUCAACAGCGACUUCUCCACCCACGCCCCCUUCCCGCGCCUGGAGGAGCUUUUCCCACCCCACGUCCUGCACGCCCGCCUGCCGGCCCCCCGCCCCGACCCCCCGCCCCCCAAAUGCCGCGGGGCCCGGCUGCGCGCGGGGCUGCUGGCCGGGGGGCUGUGGGGGCACUCGCUGGCCAAGCAGCGCGCCGAGAGGGAUCAGCGCCUGCGGGGUCGCCUGCGGGAGGAGGGGGCCAGCACCAUGGCUGCCAUCGUGGAGAAGUGGAAGCUGCUGCAGGGCAUGGGGCGGCCCGAAGCCAUGGCCGCCUACGUGGCGCUGGUGCGGGAAUGGCCGGGAUUCGGCUCCACGCUCUUCGACGUGGACCUGCGCGCGAGCCCGGUGGGAGCCGGCCCCCAGCGGCUGUGGCUGGGCAUCGGGGCCAAGGCCGUGUCGCUGUACAAACCGGGGGAGCCCGAGCCCUUGGACAGCUUCUGCUACGGUCGCAUCUCCUCCUUCGGGGCCUCCGACAGCAGCACGUUCCGCCUCUCCGUGGAAGACCGGGACCUGCUCUUUGAGACCUCUCAGGUGGAUGAGAUCGCCCAGCUCCUCACCACGUACCUCGCCUCCACGGCUGCCCGCCGGCCACCCCAGGAGCCAGCCCCCGGCCCCCCCCUCGAUCCGGACCCCUCCGCGCUGCCCCGGGGGCUCUGCCCCGUGGCCGGGCCCUGGCAGCGCCCACCGCCCACCGGCUCCUUCGGCAGCUAGCCCGGCGGCCACGGAGGAUGCUCCGGGUGGAUGGCGCGGGGAAGGCGAGCGGUGGGGUCUGCGCCGACCCCCGGUGCCCCGCGCUCUCCCCGCUCCACCGUUGCCUUUCUGGUUAUUUCCUUAAUUUAUUUCGAGACGCCCGCUCGCCCACGUCUCCCAGCACUUUCCCUGGAGGGGGCAGCGGGACGGCUGUGUCGCGGGUGCCCGGUGCUGGCUGCGCUCCUGCUUCCCCCGGCCGGUCCCCCCCCAACGCUGCUGCCCCCCCAGGCCCGUCCCCUUCCCCUGUCCCCCUGGUGCCUUCGCCUCCAGCACUUGUGCUGCCCUUGGCGGCUCUGCCUCUGCCCUGGCUCCUUCCAUCCCGGUGCUUUUGCCCCGGGCGAGGAGGUGCUGGGCAGCAGCGCUGCCGUCCGUCCGUCCGUCUGUCCGUCCGCUGAACCCACCCUUCCUGGAAAGCUGCGGGCGGCUUUUGGCCGAGCCGCCUCGGGGCCCGGUGCGCUCCUGCCGGGUGGCCCCGCGGUGGGGCUCGGGGUGCAGGGGUGGCCGGCCCGGGGGGCGGCAGGGUGGGCUGGGCAGGUACGGCUGGGGCUCAGCCCCGUGGCAUUGCCUCUGUAAAGUUUGUCGGUUCCAGUCUUUUGGGUUGUUUUUUUUUGUUCUUUUUUGUUGUUGUUGUUCAUUUUUUGUUGUUGUUGUCAUUUUUUUGUUUUUUAAAUAAAUGCACAAAAGCAAA